AUGCCCAAGCGUGACGAAGCUGGCCUCAAGGAAACCACCGAUCAGACCAAUGAGUUCAUGGGUCAAUUUAAGCUCAACGAUGAGCAAGGCUUCUUGACAACGGACUGGGGUACCCCUAUCGAUGACCUUACUAGCUUGAAGGCUGGUGCCAGAGGUCCUACGUUGCUGGAAGACUUUGCAUUCAGACAGAAGAUGCAGAGAUUCGACCAUGAGCGUAUUCCCGAACGCGUUGUACAUGCUCGUGGAGCCGGUGUCCACGGUGUCUUUGAAAGUUAUGGUAACUUCACCAAUAUCACAGCAGCAGACUUCCUUUCGGAAGAGGGCAAGAAGACACCCACAUUUGUACGAUUCUCUACCGUGAUCGGUGAAAGAGGAAGCGGAGACGCUGCCAGAGACGUUCGUGGAUUCUCGACUCGUUUCUACACCGAUGCUGGCAACCUCGAUAUUGUUGGCAUUAACCUUCCCAUUUUCUUCAUUCAGGAUGCCAUGCAGUUCCCUGACAUGGUACACGCUCUCAAGCCUCAGCCGGAUAAGCAAAUUCCUCAAGCUGCUACAGCUCACGACACCGCCUAUGACUUCUUCUCUCAGCAACCCAGUACCCUGAACAUGCUCAUGCUUAUCAUGUCCGGCUACUCUCUUCCUCGCUCAUACCGCCACAUGAGUGGCUUUGGUGUUCAUACCAUGCGCAUGGUCACUGAAGAGGGCGACAGCAAGCUCAUCAGAUGGCACUGGAAGUCUAAGCAAGGCACCGCAAGUUUGUUGUGGGAAGAAGCCCAAGCCAUCAAUGGAAAGAACCCUGACUACCACCGCAAAGAUCUUUGGGAUGCUAUCGAGAACGGCGCUUAUCCUGAGUAUGAGCUUGGAGUCCAGAUCAUGGAUGAAGAUCAACAACUGGCAUUCGGCUUCGAUGUCCUGGAUGCUACCAAGUGGAUCCCUGAAGAGCUUGUCCCCAUUACCAUCCUUGGAAAGAUGACUUUGAACGCCAACCCUACAAAUUACUUCGCCGAGACCGAGAGUAUCGCUUUCCAACCCGGACAUGUCGUCCGAGGCAUUGACUUCAGCGAGGACCCUCUCCUUCAAGGUCGUCUCUUCUCCUACUUGGACACUCAAGUCAACAGACAGGGAAUCAACUUCGAGCAGAUUCCCAUCAACCGUCCUCGCAUCCCCAUCCACAACAACAAUCGUGACGGUCGUGGUCAGCAAUACAUCCCCACAAACAACUAUGCCUAUUCGCCCAACUCGCUCAACAAUGGCUUCCCCAAACAAGCUAACCAGACUGUCGGAAAGGGCUUCUUCACCGCCCCUAACCGUCGUUUGACAGGACCAUUCGUUCGCGAGCUCUCGUCCACCUUCAACGAUCACUGGUCGCAGGCACGCAUGGUCUGGAACUCCAUCUCAGCCGCUGAGAAGCAGAUUGUCGUCAACAGUCUUCGCUUUGAAGUCAGCCAAGUUCAAUCUCAAGUCGUCAAGCAGAACUUCGUCAUCCAGCUCAACAGAAUCUCGCACGAUCUCGCAUCUCGCGUUGCUGCCGCUCUGGUCGAUGUCAUCGUCCCUGAACCUGACAACACUUUCUACAACACCAACAGCUCUGCUCACAUUUCCAUCUUCAACACCACUCUGCCUACCAUUGUCGGUCUUAACAUUGGUAUCCUGGCUUCUACCACAUCCAACGCUUCUAUGUCGCAGGCUGCUCAACUUGCCAAGUCAUUCGCAGCCGAAGGUCUCUUCGUCAGCGUCGUUGCCGAAUCUCUCCAGCCUGGCGUCAAUGUCACUUACUCUGCCGCUGACGCUCACGCUUUCGACGGUCUCGUCGUGGCCGCCGGUGCCGAAGCCAUCUUCACCGGCGAAAAAGCAUCACCCUUCUAUCCUCUCGGUCGCCCCAUGGAAAUCCUCAAGAACGGCUAUGGCUGGGGCAAGCCCGUCGGAGCCGUUGGUACUGCCAGAAAGGCUCUCGAUGUCGCUGGUAUCCAGCAGCGCCCCGGUGUCUACUUUGCCAAUGGCACUGCUGAAGCUGUCAACAGCUUCAAAUGCGGCUUGAGCACUUUCAGGUUCCUUGACCGAUUCCCACAGGAUGAGUAA